GACUGAGGAUGAGGAGCUGGUGAGGAAGAAGCUGCGGUUUGAUGAUGGAAACUAAAUGAUUCAGAUCUUUUUGUUUCUGCUGCUUUCGAAAAGCAGAGAUUAUUUUUCUUCCAGUGAUAAAAAGGACCGAGUCCGAACCACAGACCCAGUUCCGGUUCUGAAGCAGGUUUUCAAAGAUGGCAGAAAAGAAAGCAGCUUUGAGCCGCAGAUUUUAGGAAAUAAUGAGCGAGACUGAGAGGCCAGCCGGGCCGGAGCGGAGCGGAGCCCCGGAGCACAGCCGGACCUGGAGCCUGGGCUCCGGCGGUCCGAGGGGGAGGCUGCCCUCCCUCAGAACCAGAGACCUGACGCUAGGGGGCGCACCAAGGAAGGCCAAGAAAACCUGGGAGCCCAACGUCCACGCCGUGAGGAGGAGCAGAGAGGAGUUGCGAGCCCAAUUCCCCGUGGCUCCUAAGAAGGAGAAGACUGAAAGAAGCUGGAAGAGAAGAGAGAGCCGAGGAGGGAGGAGAAGCCGACCUCAGACCAUCCAGUCCCACUCCAUCUUUGAACACCAUCCUGCCUCCUCCAGCUUCAAAACAGGCCGAUCCGGUACCAGAAGUUUCCAGAACUCCUCCUCAUCUCCUGGCCGGCUGGUGAAGAAGGAAGGAGAAGCUUCAUGGGAGGAUGAAGGUCGUCUUCUCAGCAGGCUGCAGCGAGAUGAUUUCCUGGUAGAUCCAGAGCUGAGGAACGAUUCCAGCCUGCAGCCCGUCAGCCUGCCUCAGUACCGACCCAGCAGCAUCUCCACGUCCACCGCCUCAGGUCCAGAACCGGCGCCGUCUCGAGGAGCGGAGCUCCGGACCGCGCCGUCCGAACCGCCUGAGCAGCCGUCUCUGGUGAAGAAGCUGCAGGACCUCAGUGUGGCUGAAGGAGAGCAGAUGUUCUUCAUGCAGUUCCCAGACGGCCUCCCUGCUGCAGAGGAAGCAGCUCAUGGAGGAAGAUCAGAGAAGGAAGGGAAGCUCCUUCAGCUCCAUCAGCUCCCUGAAGGAUUUCUGGGGAAACUGCAGAUCAGGAAAUCUGGGAAGGUUGAGCUGAAGCUCGGAGAUGUUCUCCUGGACGUGUCAGAGGGAGCAGCUUUCUCCUUCCUGCAGCAACUGGUGUCGGUUCGUCUGACUGCUGGGAGGACUGGGAACCUGGUGGUGCUGGGAAACGUCCAACACAAGCUGGUUCUCUCUCCUGACUUCCAGUCCUUACUGGAUCAGGCAGCAGCAGCUCAGCCGUGAGGCCCGGUGGAGCCAGGACUGUUCUGGACCAGCAGUCCCUCUGAGGACCACGUUUUGUACCUUUAACUUAUUCAAUAAAUGGAUUUCAUUAUUCUGAUCCACCUCACUGGUACCGGGUUUCAUCUUCAGAACUGCCUUUAAUUCUCUGUGGUAGAAAAGCUGAUUUGGACUAAUUCUGAUAAUCAACCAGCUGGUUCUGUCCAGUGGGUCAAACAGACCCGGUUCCUAAUAUUGCAGAACCUUUAGGCUGCGUUCGCAUCGAAGGCGCAAAGCGUCUGAUUCACAUCCAGAGUCUAUGGGGGACGGCGGAGCGUCAACCAAUCAGAAAAGCUGCUCCAGGAGUUUAUUAGGGAGACAGACUCUACCUACAAGCUGCCAUGAAGAAUAAAUAAAUAUUAUAAAGGUUAAAUAAAGCAGGUAGGAUGGAUUGUUACGUAGAAGGAAUCAGAGAGCAGCUCUGAUCAUUAUUGCUGCACUAAAACAUUUUUAUGAACUAUGGAGAAACAGUUUCUAAAUCCACAAAUUAACUAGAAAUGUUAAAAUAUUGAAUUGUUUAUUCUGGUUCUUCCAGUUUUUCCCACAAACCUUAAAAAGUCUUUCUAUUCACAUCC